AUGAUCAGAGAAUCCUGCCUGCACUUCGUCAUCCUCACCGUCCUUUCUCAGAUCGAAUUUCGCAACGCAUUCUCCGAUCUUGAUGUCCUGUUAAAGCUCAAGGUAUCUCUAAUCGGGCCGUCGGGCUCGGGCCUCCACGACUGGGCUCCGCCGCCGCCGUCGUCUUCUCCGGCACACUGCACUUUUUCCGGCGUCGGUUGUAAUGCUGACGCACGCGUGACGUCACUGAACAUCACUAAUGUUCGACUCUUCGGCACUAUUCCGCCGGAGAUUGGGCUUCUGAACAAGCUCGUGAAUCUCACGCUCGCCGGCGCUAAUCUCACCGGACCUCUGCCGGAGGAGAUUUUUAGCCUAACCUCGUUGAAGUACGUCGAUCUCAGUUGGAAUAUGCUCAACGGCACUUUCCCGAACGACGUCGUUUCGAACCUAACCGAGCUGGAAGUUCUCGACGUGUACAACAACAAUUUCGACGGGAGACUUCCGGCGAGGUUCGUGAAACUGAAGAAGCUCCGGAUUCUUAACCUCGCCGGAAAUUAUUUCUCCGGCGAAAUCCCCGGUAUUUACUCCGAGUUCAAGAGCUUAACACAUUUGGCUUUACAGGGGAACAGCCUGACAGGGAAUAUUCCGGCGGGCCUGGCCAUGAUUCCGAAUCUUCAAGAGCUCUGUCUAGGGUAUUACAACGCAUUUUCCGGCGGGAUUCCGCCGGAAUUCGGGUCGAUCGCCACGCUUCAGUUACUCGACCUGGCAAUGUGCAAUCUGACAGGCGAAAUUCCGGCGAGCCUCGGCAAUCUGAGGCACCUGCACAGCUUGUUUCUCCAGGUGAACAAUCUGACAGGGCAAAUUCCGGCGGAGCUGUCGGGUUUGCAGAGCUUGAUGUCGCUGGAUCUCUCCUUCAACAAGCUCACCGGAGUUAUCCCUGGAAACUUUUCCGACCUGAAGAACCUGACGCUGAUCAAUUUAUUCCAGAACAGAUUCCAGGGUCCCCUCCCGGGCUUCAUCGGGGAUCUUCCCAAUCUAGAAGUUCUACAGAUAUGGAACAACAAUUUCACCCUGGAAUUGCCGGAGAAUCUCGGCCGGAACAGCCGCCUGAAGCAGCUCGACGCCGCCAGAAACCAUCUGACCGGAACAAUCCCGAGGGAUUUAUGCAAAGGAGGGAGAUUGAAGACGUUGAUCUUGAUGAACAAUUACUUCUACGGCGCGAUCCCUGAGGAGCUCGGGAGGUGCAAAUCCUUGACCCGUAUCCGAAUCAAGAACAACUUCCUCAACGGAUCGAUUCCAGCCGGAUUCUUCGCGCUGCCAUUGCUGGACAUGUUCGAGCUGAACGACAAUUACUUAACGGGUCAUCUGCCGGAGGCAAUAUCAGCCAGAAAGCUCAGUAGUCUUGCCCUGUCCAACAAUCGGAUCGCUGGAAAGAUUCCUCCGUCAAUCGGGGAUCUCCGUAGACUCGAAACCCUUUCUCUCGACGCAAACAAGCUGUCCGGGGAGAUUCCUGGCCGGGUUUUCGGUAUCGAGAAACUUGCGAUGCUAAACUUGAGCGGCAACUUCUUGAGAGGUGAAAUUCCUGCCUCCAUUGCUCAAGGAUCUCACUUGACAAUAGUCGAUCUAAGCCGGAACGAUCUUCGCGGUUCGAUACCAUCGAACAUUUCCCGAUUACAGAACUUGAAUGUCCUCAACCUGUCCGAAAACCAACUCGACGGCGUAAUUCCAGGCGAAAUCGGCCUGAUGAAAAGCCUGACGGUGUUGGACCUUUCUUACAACGACUUCUCAGGAACUCGGCCGAUGACGGGGCUGUUGAAAGACUUGGACGACCGAUUCUUUACAGGGAAUACGAAACUCUGUUUCCCUCGUAACUCAUCUUGCCCGUCGGGUUCGGAUUCAUCACAUGGAUAUCCUAAAAGCCGUACGUCGAAGAUGGUGAUCGUCGCAGUCUCGGCUGCCAUUGCCUUCUUGACUGCACUCGGAUUAACAAUUAUCUUCCGGAAAAGAAGGCUUAAAAAGUCGAGAGCCUGGAAACUUACCGCGUUCCAGAAGGUUGGCUUCAGCGCUGAGGACGUGAUCGAAUGCCUGAAAGAAGAUAACAUAAUCGGGAAAGGAGGAUCUGGGAUCGUUUACAAAGGGUGUGUACCUAAUGGAGACGAGAUCGCGAUAAAAAGAGUGAUGAGCAGCCGCAGCAAUCAUGGCUUCACGGCGGAGAUUCAGACACUCGGAAAAAUCAGGCACCGGAACAUCGUGAGACUCCUAGGACACGUGUCGAACAAGAAUACGAACCUGCUGCUGUACGAAUAUAUGUCGAAUGGAAGCUUGGGGGAGAUGCUGAGCAGCGCCAAAGGAACAAAGUUGCAGUGGGAAUCACGGUACAGAAUCGCGGUGGAUGCCGCCAAAGGAUUGAGUUAUCUCCACCACGACUGCUCGCCUUCGAUUAUUCACCGGGACGUGAAACCGAACAACAUUCUGCUCGAUUCAAAUUGCGAGGCUCAUGUUGCUGAUUUCGGGCUCGCCAAGUUCUGGCGUGACGAGUGCAUGUCCACAAUCGCCGGCUCCUACGGAUACAUUGCGCCAGAGUAUGCGUACACGCUGAACGUCGAUCAGAAGAGCGACGUGUACAGCUUCGGCGUGGUGUUGCUGGAACUGAUCACGGGGCGAAAGCCGGUGGGGGAGUUUGGGGAGGGGGUGGAUAUAGUCAGGUGGGCGCGGAAGAUUACGUCGGAGGAGGUGGCGGAGCUACGGCUGACAGACGAUGCUGCAGUGGCUAAGGCUGUGGUGGAUGCAAGGCUGACCGGAUACCCUGCGACGAGCGUUGCGAACAUGCUCAGGAUUGCGAUGAUGUGUGUUGAGGAUGAGAGCUCCGCACGCCCGAGUAUGAAGGAAGUCGUCCAGAUGCUCACCAAUCCCUCGACCUUCAAGGCCUGAUCAAACCAAAAUUCGAUGCUGCUUUCUUGAAAUCGAAGAUACAAAAGUCAGUUCUCGAAGAUUAUAAGUAUGUAAAUCGAACACCAUGGAUGACUUACAAGCUAUAGUGUGGCAGUAAUUCGUUAAACAAUACCUGCAAACAUUGUUCUUGGAACAAAAACAGCACAGUUCAUGAUCAUGA